AUGGAAUGGUUAGGACAUUUUAUUCAGACUGAAAUUGACUCUGGAAAAUGGGAUCCAAUUCAUCUUUCUCGCACAGGUCCUUCAGUUUCUCAUUUGUUCUUCGCGGAUGAUUUAGUGAUCUUCUGUAAAGCUCAGCUUGACCAAGCUCAUCUGCUGGAUAGCAUUCUAACUCAAUUUUGUGAAAUCUCAGGCCACCAAAUCAGUGUUAGGAAAAGUAACAUAUUCUUUUCCAAAGAUACUGAAGCUAAUGUUCGUAUUCAAAUUAACCAACUUUUUGGUUUUCAGGAAGUCCGUAAUCUUGGUACUUAUUUAGGUGUUCCUCUUUUACACGAAAGGAUUACCAAAAGUACCCUGAGUUUUAUUGUGGAUAAAGUUAGGAAGAAAUUGCAGAGUUGGGACGCUAGGAAGUUAUCCAUUGCAGGAAGAAUCACUUUGGCCCAAUCAAUUCUUCUUUCUAUUCCUAAUUACUUCAUGCAGUCCUUGAUGAUUCCGAAAGGUGUUAGUGCUGAUAUUGAAAGAUUGGUUAGGCAGUUUAUCUGGGGUAAUACUGAUGGGCAACCCAAAAUGUCUUUGGUUGGUUGGAAUUCUAUUUGCCAACCGAGGUCUCGGGGAGGCCUUGGAUUCAGACACUUGGAAGAUCAAAACUCAUCUUUUCUUAUGAAGAUCGGUUUUAAUCUUGCUUCUAAAAGUAAUGUAUUUUGGGUUCGUGUUCUUCGUGCUAAAUACGGAUGGAAAGAUCAAUUCCCUGAUUCUAUCAAUAGAAGCCAAUGUUCUCAUUUAUGGAGGGCACUUUCCAAGAUUUGGCCACUUCUUCGUGAGAAUAUUGCUUGGUCUAUUGGAGAUGGAGCUACUGCUCGAUGUUGGAAAGACCCUUGGAUUCCAGGUAUGGGCCCUUUAAUUUCAAAAAUUUUUCAUUCUGCUAACCUUGAUUUGGAUUGUUGUGUCAGAGAGAUGGUCAAUUCUGAUGGUAGCUGGAAUCUGGAUCUGUUUCAUGCCUGGGUGCCUGAAGAUAUAAUAAAUAGAAUUAUUAGCAUUCCUCCUCCUCACCCUGACUCUGGUCCGGAUAGGAUUAUUUGGGCCCCUUCUGCAUCUGGUGCCUUUUCAGUUCGUAGUGCCUAUUGGUAUCUGAAGGAGAAUUCUUGGAAUCCCCAAGAGGAUUACUGGAAGAUUGUUUGGAAAUAUCCAGGCCCUCAGAGAAGAUUGUCCUUCCGCGCAAGAUGUGUGGCGGCUUGUGAUUCCAGAUCAGCUAAAACAAAGGAUUAUGGUCUCAUGUGGUCAUGCCUGUUUGGAUUAGUCGCAUGGCGUCUAUGGAAAAAUAGAAAUCUGUUCAUCUUUCAACAUAUAUCUUGGACAGCAUCGGAAGUAGUGAAAGUCUCCAGUUGCUGGGGCCGUCACUAUACCUAUUAUGUUGGAGAUCACUUUAAGAGCAAGCAGGGCUCUUCCUUGAUGGUCAAUUCAGAUGACAAUUGGGUGUUUUUAUUCAGUGAUGGAGCUGUAGCCAGAGAUUCUGGUUAUGCUGCAAUAGGAGGCAUGGCUCGAGAUCGUGAUGGAAAUUGGAUAGUGGGUUUUAACCGAUUCCUUGGUAUCUUGUCUGAUAUGGAUUUGGAAGAUUCAGGGAUCACUAUGAUCCGAAGAACUCUUCGUAUUUUGCAUUCAGAAGGGGAGUGGAGGAUCAAUCAUAUUCCAAGAAAUCACAAUUUGGUAGCAGAUCGUCUUGCUAAACUCAGUUUGAGUUGGAAAUCAAGUUUACAAGUUAUGGAUGAGGCUCCUAAGGAUAUUUUGGAUUUAUUACAAGUUGAUAAAACGAAUGGUUGCUUUAUGUAA